AUGGGUACCAUGGACUUCAAGACCGACCCCAGCGCAGUGACGAUCAAUUUGCUGCUUAUUGUCCGCCCUGAGGAGACGGCAAGGAAGGAGAAAGGGCAGAGCGAGGGGCAGACCGGAGGCAGCCGAAGCGCAGGUCUGCAGGAUGACGGAAAUGGAAACAGCACGUCGCAGCCACCUCAGGAGAGAGACCGUACCGGCCGGCAAGUCUCCAGGGAGCCCUGCAAGCAGACACAAGCUGUUACUUCGUACUCUAAUGAAGGAACCCAAGUGACAGUGGAGAUUCAUCACAAGGAUACCACCCCACCACGCUUCAAACUCUCCUUUGGAAAAGGUUCCCAGAGGCUGCCCGGCCUGAGAGGUCUGGACAACAAAGGUUUCCAGAGGACCGAAGGCCCACGGCCGCCAGAAGCAAAAGACCUGCACGCAUAUCCAUGGGACAAAUCCUCUUUGAAAUCCAUGGCAGUAGAUCUGCAGCAAUUUGAGAAGCUGGAUGCCUACGCAUUAAAAGUAAACGUCAAGAACAGCGUAGAGGAACUCGUUAAAGCCCUGCUGAAACUAGCCCGGACUGACCUGGAGAAAGUCCGAGCCAUAUGGAUGUGGAUCUGCCAUCACAUAGAAUAUGACAUAGUGGGCUACCAUAACAAAAGCCAGCGGUUGAGUAAACCCAUAGAUGUGUUUAAAACUGAAGUCUCCCGCUGCAUCUUGUUGUUUCCUUGUAGUAUUGCAGGAAUCCAAUGCAUGAAGCUAUCAGGAUACUCUAAAGGGUAUGGGUACAAGAUGGGAAAGACCUUUACAGGGGACUCUGACCACGCCUGGAAUGCUGUCUACCUUGAGGGAAGGUGGCAUUUACUCGAUAGCACCUGGGGAAGCGGUCAUGUUGAUGAUGCCUUCACCAAGUUCACCUUCAGGUACAAUGAGUUUUAUUUUCUGACUCACCCGGCUCUGUUCAUUAACAACCACUUCCCAGAUAACAGUAACUGGCAGCUUCUUAAACCAACCCUGACGCUGAAGGAUUUUGAGAAGAACAUGGUGCCCAACAGCAACUUUUACACAUUGGGUCUGCUGGCCGCACACCCAGAGACAGCUGUCAUCCAAACAGUAAAUGGAAAAGCCUCUGUGUCAGUGGAUUGCCGUUCUGCCACACUAUUUAUGUUUGAGCUGAAUGGAACAGAUGAACACAGUUUCAUGACUUUGAAAAAACACGGAAUGAAGCUGGAUAUCUACCCACAGAAGACAGGGAGUCAUAAGCUGCAGGUCUUUGCCAAGCCCUACAAAUCCUCAGAAGGUGUCUACAACCACGUGCUUGAAUAUGUCAUAGAGUGCAAGUCUGUGGACAAGGCCACGCGUUUCCCAAAGGCCCUGAGUCAGCCUGUUGGACCAAGCUGGUUCACGGAGUUGCAAGGGUUCCUGAGGCCAUCACACCGUGACCCCAUCAUUCACACCAACGACGGGCGGUGUUCUGUCACCUUCACCCUGGGCAAGGACAUAAGCAUCCUCGCCGAGCUGCACCCCGAUAACAGCAGCGCGACAGAGGUUAUAAGGCAGCGGCACAUCAUGCAAAUCCAUCAUGGGAACCAAAUAGAGUUGAAGAUCCAUCUGCCCCACGCAGGGAACUUUGUUCUGAAAAUCUAUGCCAAGAAGAAGUCAGAUCCUGGCAAUUACACCUACAUCUUCAACUACCUCAUCACUUGCCUGAACACUGAAGUGAAGUGGCCAGCUUUCCCUCAGUAUUACAGCAACUGGGCGGAAGGCUACGAAAUACUGGAGCCGCUCUCCGGCUUGCUGCCAGCGAAUCGCAACAUUCAGUUUAAACUCAAAAUACACGGGAUAGCAAAGGUGCUAGUUCUAGCUGACGACACUUACACUCUCACCCAGAACAGAGGCUACUGGGAGGGAACCUGCAACACUUCGGGAUGCAGAGAGGUGUUUGUGACAGUACAGGAGAAUGCUAAUCGCAAAGUUUACACACAACUCCUGAAAUACGAAGUUGAGACCCAGUAA